GCUGGAUUUCGUCCGUUUUGCAUUCAAAACAUUGCUGGCGUUGCCGGAGGUUUCGUGUUUCCCGUUUGCUCGCGGCCCUGCUUUUGCUUAAAAUUUACUGAUUAUUGUUUGUUUUAAAAAGUACGGUGGUUGUCAACAGGUGUGGACGUUUUUGCUCUGGAAACAAAUCGGAAUGGAGUUUGCAUUUGCUUGAAGAUGAGGCAGCUUGUAUAUCUUCUGAUUGGACUGAACAUUCUUUCACAUCAGAAGGCAAAUUCAGCAAUGAAUGAGGAAGAAUCAAUGUGUAUUAUUGAAAAUGGUGGUGACAGCAACAUUUGCAGGGGAGGCCUUCAGGUGUUUUAUCUAGAAUUGGGAAAUGUGACCUGUAUCAUCAUCCCAAAAUGCCAUCAGUUCCGAAGGCACCUGAGUGAAGAUUGGGGUGAACCGCUUGUUAAGUUUCCUGAAGCCAAAGAGGGGGUCAGUGUGGACAUGAUGGAGGAUUACAAAUACCUGGGGAUACGAAUUGACAAUAAACUGGACUGGUCAAAGAACACUGAGGCUGUCUACAAGAAGGGUCAGAGCCGUCUCUAUUUCCUGAGGAGACUGAGGUCCUCUAACAUCUGCCGGACAAUGCUGAGGAUGUUCUACGAGUCUGUGGUGCCUAGUGCUAUCAUGUUUGCUGUUGUGUGCUGGGGCAGCAGGCUGAGGGUAGCAGACACCAACAGAAUCAACAAACUCAUUCGUAAGGCCAGUGAUGUUGUGGGGAUGGAACUGGACUCUCUCACGGUGGUAUCUGAAAAGAGGAUGCUGUCCAAGUUGUAUGCCAUCUUGGUCAAUGUCUCCCAUCCACUACAUAAUGUACUGGGUGGGCACAGGAGUACAUUCAGCCAGAGACUCAUUCCACCGAGAUGCAACACAGAGCGUCAUAGGAAGUCAUUCCUGCCUGUGGCCAUCAAACUUUACAACUCCUCCCUUGGAGGGUCAGACACCCUGAGCCAAUAGGCUGGUCCUGGACUUAUUUCCUGGCAUAAUUUACAUAUUACUAUUUAACUAUUUAUGGUUUUAUUACUAUUUAUUAUUUAUGGUGCAACUGUAACGAAAACCAAUUUCCCCCGGGAUCAAUAAAGUAUGACUAUGACUAAUGUGAUCAAAUCUUCUGUAAAGAUCCAUUAUUUUCUCAAUAAUGGAUGCAUUUUAGCCUGCAACUCCAAAUAAUAUAGUUUGUGGAUUCCCGCAGUUGUGUCCAGGAUCUCUUGAAUGAAUGUUGGGUGGGACUUAUUUCACCUCCGUGUUCCAAGAAUUAUUUCUUUAUCACACUUACAUAACAGAUGUAUAGCUGGGUCUUUGCUAUUUGAUUAAAUCAGUGAUAAAUGGUAGUUGUCUUUACUGAUAUCUUUCUACUUCAAGUGUAUUUCAAUAAAAAAAAUACAUUGUCAUGUAAAAAUUACAACCUUCUUGACUUAAUAACAUAAGUUUGAAUUAAAUGUAGAAAUACAUAGUUCACAAUAGAUUAACAAGUAAUCACUAGAAGAUGUGUAUAUGAUAAGACAGUUCAUACUGAAUAACGUUUUGCAAUGUGCAUUUGCCACU